UGAGUGACAGAGCUGUUGGCUUGCCGAGGGUGUGGAGAAGACACUUGGCGAUUUGUGUUGAGGCCGUGGAGGCCCCGGUGCCAGCAGACGGAUUAUCAUAAUAUCGAACUGUUUCCUGCAGGGGGAUGGCCAGUCGCUGAUCAACUGGACAAGGCACAUCCGGCAGUCAGCGGUUGCAACUCGUGGAUUUAACUACCGCACCGUUUACAGGAUUAGACACUCACUAAAUCACUACACAUUUCAUCUUCAACUGGAUUAGACGUUCAUACCUCACAACUACUACACAUCUUCAACACACCGUGUGUUAUAAGAGUAUCAAACAUUGCUUUAGUAGGGUACCUUCACAAGUAGUGUUGUGAUUUCAAGAGGAUUUGAACCACGGGUUUCGAGGCUACCGCCCGUGGGUUAGUGUACAACUGGUUGACAGCGAACCACCGGGACACCUAGACCGUGUAUUAGACCUGGCUUAACCAGACUAGUUGGUCUUGUCAUCAACUCGAGGUUGGCCGCUGGGAGGGGAAAUCUCGAACAAGACCUCCCCAGGUCACACAGGUGGAUUGGUUUUAAAGUCAGGGUCAAAGUUCAUUCCAAUUUCACUUUGCUAAGGAGAAAUCUAAACCAACAGGAAAUUCAGUAAUAUUUCAUAAUAAUCGUCUUUUUGUUUUCAAAGUGCUAGCGCCAUUGUAUUCAACACAUCCCACUCAAGUGCUUCCAGUCGUUGUUGCAUCAUUCCGUGUUUGGCUGACAUCCACUGGUCGUAUUCUAAACGUAAACACACCAGGCGCGAACAACGGAUACUAGUGACCGCCGUCACCUGCGCUGUCACAACAAAACCUCACAUCAACCUAACGAAAACAAUGCCCCGCAUUGAGUAACACACAGUUUCCAUCAACCCGCUCCACAGCAAUACCAACCCCAACACAUUUAACGGUGCCAGGAGAGUUGACACGACGAGCGUGCAUUGAUGAAGUGUGAGUACAGCAGCCCCGAUAAACUCGAGCCCAGCCCCUACCUCAACAACAUGCUGCUGGAGGGGACGUCCCCCGACAUGAUGUCCGCCCAGUCCAAGCUCCUGUUCCAGAUCAACAAGUACUACAACGAGCGGGUCCACUCGAGGAAGGCCAACAUCAACAAGACGACCCGGGAGGUCUGUAAGGUGGUGCAGGAUGUCCUCAAGGAGGUCGAGGUGCAGGAGCCGAGGUUCAUCAGUUCACUGACAGAGGUCAACAUGCGAUAUGAAGGGGUCGAGGUCAUAUCAGCCACAGAGUUCGAGGUCGUCCUCUACCUCAACCAGAUGGGCGUCUUCAACUUUGUGGACGACGGAACGAUCCCUGGGUGCGCCGUGCUCAAGUUGUCGGACGGGAGGAAGCGGUCCAUGUCCCUGUGGGUGGAGUUCAUCACGGCCUCGGGGUACCUCAGCGCCAGGAAGAUCCGCUCUCGCUUCCAGACCCUGGUGGCGCAGGCCGUGGACAAGUGCAGCUACAGGGACGUGGUCAAGAUGAUCCCCGACACCACGGAGGUCAAGCUCAGGAUUAAGGAGCGGUACGUCGUCCAGAUCACGCCGGCGUUUCGCUGCGGCGGCAUCUGGUGCCGGUCCGCCGCCCACUGGCCGGUUCCUCACGUGUCCUGGCCUAACCCGAACCUGGUGGCCGAGGUGAAGACGGAAGGGUUCGACCUCCUCUCUAAGGAGAGCAUCUACAUGAAAGACAAGCAAUCCGCCGCGGAGGGAGACGCCUGGGUCAUGUCGUUCCGCUACGCCGAGGACCGUCUUCUGUACGGCGGGUGCCGACGGCGCUGUUUGAGCAUACUGAAAACCCUACGAGACCGUCACCUCGACAUACCGGGCCAGCCCAUCCUCAACUACCACAUGAAGACCCUGCUGCUGUACGAGUGCGAGAAGCACCCGCGGGAGAUCGAGUGGGAUGACACGUGCAUCGGGGACCGGAUCAACGGCAUCCUGCUCCAGCUCAUCUCCUGCCUGCAGAACAGACGCUGCCCGCAGUACUUCCUGCCCACGGUGGACCUCUUUAAGGGAAAAUCUCCCGCCGCCAUGGACAACGUGGCCAAGCAGGUCUGGAGGCUGGUCCGCGAGCUGCUCACAAAUCCUCGAAGUUUCGAGGCACUUUAACACAACCAAUCAACCAUUGCGCUUGGUCCAAUAGAAAACUCGUCAUUUCCAAAGAAUUUUCAUACUUAAUAUUGUAAAAAUAUUUUUUUGGGAUCCUUUACUGUGGUUUGGACAUCAACAACGGCCAACAACACAAUCGAAGUCAAUCAUGACUUUGAGCGGGAUGUAUAGAUGUGAGAGGAAAGUUUCUGUGGCGGUGUCUGUACCUGCAGCCAUGGAGCUACUCUCCACAUGUUUGUGUGUUGUGAACCUUUCAUACCGGUAACACAGACAUGCACACUAGCACGUGUUAUCAACUGUAAGUUAUCACUGUGGCUGUAUACAUUCGUGUCAGUUAAAAUGGACAAUGUUUACCGAUCUACACAGUGAUCUGAUCGGAUAUUGGCAAGACUGUAAGCCUUCGCCUAUUUAUUGUCUACAAUCACAGGUAAAUAUUGUGUCAGUCAAGUUGUAUCAUUCUAAUUGACAAAAGUCACUUUUGUACAUAAAAUUAAAACAGUAUAGAUUAAUUGUAUGAUCAUACUUUUUCGAACAAAAUCUCUUUUAAAAUGUAUGGGGUAAUUAUUAUUAAUGAUUUUUUAGCUUUUGUAUAAUGGGCUUAUUCAAUAUUGCUUUUGUUUCUCAUUUUUUUUUAAAAAGUGUCCCAGUAUGAUAGACAUAAUGCUGAAAUCGUGGUUUUUAUAUUUUGUAUUUUCAAUAACCUGGUGCGACACGCUAGAUAUAUCGGUCCAUUUCUUCGUUCUUCCAGUUGAUGUUCCAUUGGUUUACCCUGGUGUUGUAGAUAUGAGAACAUUUCGUUCAGCGGUGCUAAAACAUUGUCCUUAGCUUAUUAGUUCAACAUAUUUGUCUUCUAUGCUUGGUUAUUUAUUAAAUUAUUAAUGCUAUA